AUGGCGCGCUCCGCCCUCUUCGGUGCCGUCGUCCUGCUGGCGCUGCUCGCCGUCUACGCCACGGCCUCGCCGUCUACGCCCGUGCUGGUGGUCCCCACCGAGUCCGGUAACAUCCAGGGCUUCGUACAGAACGACCUGGCCCGCGCCUUCCUCGGUAUUCCCUUCGCCGACCCGCCGCAGCGCUUCGGCGUGGCCGCGCCCGCGUCGCCCUGGAGCGGCGUCUACAACGCGACCGCGUUCCCCAAGCCGUGCAUCCAGUCGUCGACGGCCGGCGUGGAGGACUGCCUCUACCUCAACGUGUUCACCCCCAAGAACGCCAAGGCCGGCGACAAGCUGCCCGUCAUGGUGUGGAUCCACGGUGGUCGCUACUGGACCGGCCAGACCGACCAGUACCAGGGCCAGUGGCUCUCGGGCAACGGCAACGUCGUCCUUGUCACCAUCCAGUGCCUGCAAUUGGUCGACGAUUUGCAGGACACCCUCAAGGACACUGAGGUCAACCACCAGACGCUCUUCACCUAUGGCUGGACCAGGAAGCAGUCCGCUGACGUGAAGGCCUACAAGGCGUUCCAGCUGCUGUACCUGUUUAUCGAUCCCGACCACUACGACAUCGACGAGAAGGGAAGCGACCUGCGCGGCGCGCUGCUCAAGAUGACGCACACCAUCAUGCUCAAGGCCAUCGCCAAGUACUGCUACAUCUUCACCGAAGCGUUUGUCGAAGCCUUGGCCCAGUUCGCCCCCAUCCCCAUCCAGCAUCUCCAACGUGUGAACAACAUGGCGCGGAUGCUGCAAAUGGUGAGGAACAACCAAAUCUAG